UCUCUACUGUGCAGGAUCCCAAUUUUCUCCUGCUCUCAUCCUACUGUAAGAGAGCUCACAUUCCCAAAACAGCACUACGUUUUGAGUGCAAACUGCGAGGAAAUGGAUAAAAUUUCUCCUUUUAGGGUUGCAUCUCAUUCUUUCAUCCAGACAGAUCUACUUGGAUGCUCGGCAGUAGCAGCGGGUGGAUCUCACAGUUGGAAAAGUUUGCUGUCAUUAAGGAAGAUUCGCUUUCAUGACAAAGGAAGCAUCUGGUGCAGAGGGUCAGGAGCCUGGAUGUUCCCAGUUGAGAACGAAGAGAUCCCAAUUAGGAGAGAGAAUCAGACAGCGGUAGUGCUGAAUGAGAGAAGAAUAUGUCCAGCUUCCUCUCAGGUGUACAGAGAGCUGAAAGAGCAGCAGAGGAUCUUGGAAACUAUUUGUAUAAAGCGAGAGGGCAUCUUCUCCUCAGUGAAGCAGUCAGAUAUGUGUUUAGUCUGUAUUGCCUUUGCCUCUUGGGUACUAAGAUCCUCAGAUCCAGAGGGUGCUGAUGCCUGGAAAGCAGCUCUACUAGCAAAUGUGAGUGCUCUAUCAGCUAUUCAGUAUCUGCGGCAGUAUGUGAAGAAAAAGGAUCCUCCUGAUGACCUCUGACAUGUACACAGAAAGUCAUUUCCAAACAUUUUCACUUGGGUCCAUCCAUAGAAAAAGAUUUACUACUGAAGCUAAUGAACGCAGGAAAAAACACACUUCCAUAUUACAAUACAGUUAAACCCAGAAAUUAUCCACUACAGUGAUAUAAUGAAGAUGAGGUCUAAUAAUGGAAAUAUUUCUAAUGUUUCUACUGUUUGAGUUUGAGAUAUUUGGUAAAAUAUUCAAAAGUCUGCUGUGUCAUUCCUGAGCGCCAACAGGCUCUUCUGCAAAUUAAUAAUUGAAAAAGUCACACACUUUUUACACUGGGUCGCAUGUUUCUUCAUUACACUGGAAUCUGUGUGGGAACCUUUUCCCUUAAAUACAUACGCACAAAAUCCCUGACAGAUGCACCAUGUACUCAUGUAUGACUGACCUUUGCUAAAAGAAUAUUAAACUAAACUGUCCUCCGCAGGAUUAUAUUAUAUGACACUAUAUUGGACAGAUGGCCAGGACUUAUAUUCUCAAUUGGAACAGGAAUGGGGUUAAAAGCAAGAAACAGGGUAGAAUUGUCAGAAGACAGUUUCAGGAUUUUAGGAGAAAAAUAUAUUAUUGUCAGCUUUAUUGAUUAAGUAAUAAGUCUCUAGGUUUGGUAUACCUCCUUUGGGUAUGCUUUUUAGUAAAUGGACCAUAAUGUACAGAUGCCACAUUGGUUUUAUGCAAAUCUCCUGGUUUUAUAUGUUUUACUGCUGCAGUUGUGCUCAACUGUAUCUGCAGUUUGUAGAUUUUGAAAGCAAACUGAUGCAAAGUGUGUGAGGAAUGAAAGCAAAAAGUGGGCUAAAAAGGUAGAAAAAAAGAUGUGCUGUAUAUGUUGGUCUUAUUUGAAAGUGCAGCAUGUUGUACAGUAUGGAAGGAUGGUGUGUCUGCUACGCACGCUAGAAAUGCUCAAUUUUUUCCCCUUGAAAUGUUAUUUGAGUGAUUUUUACUAGAAUGCCACUAGAAAGUCUGCUGUUUUUAAACAAAGCACAAGUCAAUAGAACUAAAAUAAUAGAAGAUCAGAGAUUAGCUUGACAAAUGGGAAAAAAAAAAUAGUUACAUUAGUAUUUUCUUGCUUCUGGCUUCAUUAAUCAACUCAGAACUUUUUGAAUUUAUAUCAAGGCUUCUAGUGGGGAUCCUCACCCACGUUUUGAGAACCAGUUGUUGGUCUAAAAUGCUGUAGAGUCAAAAGACUAGCACAGGAUUCGAUGUCAGGCUGCAGUGAAGCAAAUGUAAAGUCAAAGAUUUUUGCACAGAUGGCUUUUAUCAAAUAAAAAAUGUGAAUAAAUAAAUAAAUAAAUAAAAAGACAUUUUCCCUUUGACUUUUUUAAACUGUUGCUAGUCAUCUUUCAAUGAUUGUGUAAACAUGAUAUAAUUGUUGUCAUAUUUUAAAUUUGCCUGUAAAGACUGGACUUCAAAUGAUGU